AAAACCAUCCCAACAAAAUCCACUACAAAAAGAACAGAUACGACAAAAACUACUCCAAGAUCAUCCACCUCAACACAAUCCACUUCAGAAGCGACAAGCACCCAAACAACUACUCCAAGAAAGAUUACCCCCACAAAAUUUACUACAAAAGGAACUGGUAGCACAAAAACUACUACAAGACGAAAAACGUCAACACAAUUCACUUUAAAAUCAACAAGCACAAAAACAACUACUCCCAGAAAAACCACGACUCCAAGAUCAUCCACCUCAACACAAUCCACUUCAGAAUCGACAAGCACCCAAACAACUACUCCAAGAGAAACCACCCCGACAAAAUCCACUACAAAGAGAACUAUUACCACAAAACCUACCCCGAGAGAAACCGGCUCAUCACCAUUCCCCUCAAAAUCGACAAGCACCCAACCAACUACUCCCAGAAAAACCAUCCCAACAAAAUCCACUACAAAAAGAACAGAUACGACAAAAACUACCCCAAGACGAACCACGUCAACACAAUUCACUUCAAAAUCAACAAGCACAAAAACAACUACACCCAGAAAAACCAUCCCUACAAAAUCCACUACAAAAAGAACUGAUACCACAAAAACGACUCCAAGAUCAUCCUCCUCAACACAAUCCACUUCAGAAUCGACAAGCACCCAAACAACUACUCCAAGAAAAAUUACCCCGACAAAAUUUACUACAAAAGGAACUGGUACCACAAAAACUACUACAAGAAAAACCACCUCAACACAAUUGACUUCAAAAUCGACAAGCACCCAACCAACUACUCCCAGAAAAACCAUCCCUACAAAAUCCACUACAAAAAGAACAGAUACGACAAAAACUACUCCAAGACAAACCACGUCAACACAAUUCACUUCAAAAUCAACAAGCACAAAAAGAACUACUCCCAGAAAAACCAUCCCUACAAAAUACACUACAAAUAGAACUGAUACCACAAAAACGACUCCAAGAUCAUCCUCCUCAACACAAUCCACUUCAGAAUCGACAAGCACCCAAACAACUACUCCAAGAAAAAUUACCCCGACAAAAUUUACUACAAAAGGAACUGAUACCACAAAAACUACUACAAGAAAAACCACCUCAACACAAUUCACUUCAAAAUCGACAAGCACCCAACCAACUACUCCCAGAAAAACCAUCCCAACAAAAUCCACUACAAAAAGAACAGAUACGACAAAAACUACUCCAAGACGAACCACGUCAACACAAUUCAUUUCAAAAUCAACAAGCACAAAAACAACUACUUCCAGAAAAACCAUCCCUACAAAAUCCACUACAAAAAGAAGUGAUACUACAAAAACGACUCCAAGAUCAUCCUCCUCAACACAAUCCACUUCAGAAUCGACAAGCACCCAAACAACUACUCCAAGAAAAAUUACUCCGACAAAAUUUACUACAAAAGGAACUGGUACCACAAAAACUACUACAAGAAAAACCACCUCAACACAAUUCACUUCAAAAUCGACAAGCACCCAACCAACUACUCCCAGAAAAACCAUCCCAACAAAAUCCACUACAAAAAGAACAGAAUACGAAACAAAAACUACUCAAGAACGAACCACGUCAACACAAUUCAUUUCAAAUCAACAAGCCAAAAACAACUACUUCCAGAAAAACCAUCCCUACAAAAUCCACUACAAAAAGAAGUGA